GUACAUUACUGUAGUCUUUGUUUUUCUAAGUUGACAAAUAUAAUUGCUAUGAAGUAUUAAAAUUGGUUAAUAAUCGCGACGGUUAAACGAAUACACUUCUUGGCGAAACUAAGUUAACGAGUUACUCUUACUAAGUCAUUUAGAAUUGAACGGAAUAUAAUUUCGUUUACUAAUACGAGAACGAAGUCAUUAAAACACCACUUAGCGUGAUUAAUUACUAAAUUAAAUUUGUUAAAUAUCCCAGUGUAUAUGGUACCUACACAUUCCUUGAUUAAUUUACAUUACUGUGUACUUCCUUCACAAGUUUAAGAGAAUGAGUGUAUUUGACAUAUGAUAUGUGUAUGUAUGUAGAUAUAAGCAUGUAUGCAAAUCCAGUCAGCAAAUACCAAUAACCGUAUUCGACAUGCGAGAUGUUCAAAUUUUCUUUGUAAUUUGUUUUAUUGAGUAAACAUAUAUGUGUAUCAAAUCUUUACGAUUUAAGCAUAGACAUGCAUACAUCUUAGCUGAGGUUGGGAUUUGUGCCUAUUUGCGAAAAAAGGAGGAAGGAUAUUUCUGUUUUAAAAAACAAAAGUCUGUAUACAGUGUCGUCCAUGACUUUGCAAUAGUGGACAUUAAUUAUAAACGUGAAUCGUUUGAACUAAAAAACUGUAAAAGUGUUGGGCAAGCUUCUUAUAUUAAAAAAAUAAAUUUUACAUUUUGUUUGAUCCUCUACAUAUACACAGGUACAUAUGUACAUACAUAUUAUUAUAUCCGAUAUAUAAUUUUGGUCUAUAAUAUACGUACCUUUUGCAUAAUAAAAAGCACGGAGGCAUUAUUAAUUUGUUAAAUGGGUUGUCUUGCAUAAAAUCAAUUACCGUUAUUAGCUUCUAGCUACUAUCUGUGAUCUAUGAUUUCUGAUAAUCAAUACAUACAUAUAUUCGAUAAAUGUUGUGAGUGAAAUACACAGCACAUACAUUUGAUCAAAUUUCAAAGCCACAAGUAUUUCAGUAAUUUUAGCAGCUCCUGCCAAUCCGUAAUAUUAACUGAUGAAACACUACUAUUUAAGAUUAUUAGUAUGCCGUCCAACAAAGUGAAACCAUCGCCAAUACAGCGCCACCAUAUUGGCUUAAAUCAAUUCUUGCGCCAACCACAAACACAUAACUCAAUUUUUAAGGACAUGCGAAUCACAUUAUAUGUUUUGAAGGCAACAGGUCUGUUACCAAUCUACGAAGAGGUUUCUAGAUAUGAAGUUGGACCACCUACAAAGGCAAACAUUUUCUAUUCAUUUUUCAUUCGAGGGGUUGUACAAACCUUUACUUUAUUCAACCUCUAUAAUCUCCUAACGCCUGGAUCAGCACAACUAUUUUACUCCUACAGUGAUACAGAUAAUGUGAAUAAAUGGAUUGAGUUUUUAUUGUGUAUGUUAUCUCAUUCGACGACUGUUAUAAUUUGUGGUAGAAAUUCAAAACUAUUUAUAAAAAUCAUAAAUGAAAUAUUGAAAGUGGAUGAGGAUGUCUUUGACCGAUUCCGAGAAACUUUGGAAAAUAAAUGUGAAUUCUCACUAAAGUACAUCGUGGGCAUAUGUAUUUGCCAAUGGUAUUUAAUGGUACUACGCGUUUUAGCUGUUAAAGAUACUAUUAACGUUAACUCAUAUAUAUUUAUAUUUAUCUACGCUAUGCAAAAUGGCAUGACAACUAUUUUCAUUGUUUUUACGGCGGCUUUAUUAAGAAUCCUAAAGAUGCGUUUCACUCACAUAAACGCAACCCUCAAAAGUUACACGUAUAGCGAACGGCGUAAGCUACGACGUAUCCCAGGAGAAGAUAGAGAUGUAAUUACAAUGGACUCUUUUCCUGAGGAUUCUUUAUUUAUAUACCGUAUUCACAAUAAGUUGCUACGGAUCUAUCGUUUAAUUAAUGAUUGCUGCAGCUUGAUUUUGGUGGCAUAUAUGGGUUAUGCGUUCUACACUAUUACUACUACUACUUAUAAUCUAUUUGUUCAAAUAACAACACAGCGCUUAUCAUUUAAUGUGUUACAAACAUGCUUUGUGUGGCUUGCAAUGCACACAUGUGUCUUGGCACUACUGUCAAAAAAUUGUGGACAAGCUACAGAUGAGGCUAAUGGAACUUCGCAAGUUUUGGCACGUAUCUACGGCGCAACUAAAGAUCAUCAAAAUAUAGUGGACAAGUUUUUAACAAAAAGUAUUAAGCAAGAGGUGCAAUUCACUGCUUACGGAUUUUUCAUAAUUGAUAACUCCACACUUUUCAAAAUCUUCUCAGCUGUAACAACUUACUUGGUAAUUUUGAUCCAGUUCAAACAAUUGGAAGAUUCCAAAAUGGAAGAUGAUUCGAGUUAAAUUGCGAAUAUAUAACAAAUAAUUCCUUUUCACUAUUACCAAAUUAUUAAAUAUUUAUUCAAUCAUACACAAUACAGCAUUAUUCAUAGCUUUUGAACAAAUAUUAUAUAUAAAAUUUCAAAGUAAAUGAAAAUGUUUAAAUUUUCACUGAAAUAUACAGUAAUUGUGUAAACCUUAAAUAUUCUUCAAUUUUCACAAUUUAUUUAAUGUAAAGUUAAAAAAUCUUUUAUAUUUUGAAGGUUGAUAUUAUUUAUUGAAGUCUUUCUUGGAAAUAAAGGAAUUACCUACAUAAU